CCCCUUCACCUCUUUCAUUUGCUCCCACAGAAUCUUGGUGCUGCCAUAUUAUUUACACUAUACGCAUCAUCGAUCGUCUAUUUUCGCCCCCAAGACCCGGCAUCCUGCUUCCGUCGAGGUGCGUAGGCGCGUGAAAGCACUGGAUGCAAGCAAUUCAUAGCGGCUUGGUCAAGUCUGGGUACCAACAACGCCGUCAAACUCUUUCGCCUCACCAACUUCCAGGUUUUCUUUGCGCGCCUCGGCAAGCAUGACACUUUCUCACCGGCCUAUGAGCGAGCUGCGACCAACAAAGACAUCUCGUAUCUCGUCUCCGCUUCGUCGUAUUUCCGGUCUCGGGGCAAUCUCAGUCCGCGUGUAUUGUGGCUCAUGCAAUAUCAUCUACGACCUCAGCCCUCCAUUAGCCUGCUAUGAAGCACUCGCUAUAGGAAGAAUAAGCAUGAUGCCGCCAGCCAAUCAAACUGGCUCCGCCCAAGUGCGCCGCCUGAACGUCAAACAUCUGCCAAGAAGCUUAUCAAGCAAGACAAGCAUCAGGUCCUCCAUCUGCGCCAUGGAUACAAACGUCUUCUCUACACAACUACUCAAUCUGACAUGCUCCAAAUCGCUUUUUCAAACCACCCGGCAGAAUGCACCAAUAUGUCUGAAACACCGCGACGUGACCCCGGAUUGUCUAAAGACGAUCGCAUCUUCCCCCUUCAGCUCUAGCGGGAAACCUAAGCGGCGCAUCACCCUCGUUAGAGCCCUCAGCCCUGUAGAUCAAACUCACCGAGCACCACACUUUUCCGCAGUCGGUGAGCUACUGGCCUCCCCCGGCUUAUCUUCUCAGCCUGCUGUCCUGCAUGAGCCUCGAUACUUCGAAAAACGAAACUCAAAUCAUGGGGUAGGCGCCCGCGCCACUUCGUCAAUAGGUACUGCGUCUGCCUGAUCAACAGUCACAAGGCUCUCAGAAUCCCAUUCCCCGCUAACGAAUUGCGCACGCCUCCACCUCCGUCAUAUCUCGGUGCGCGCCC